CAGCAUACUGGUGCUGGUGGUGGUGGUGGUGGUGGAGGUGCUGCCGGGGCACAGCAUCCGGAUGAAGGUGGGCAACAAAGGUUUCCAAAUAGAUUUGGUAGCUGAAGCGUUGGCACACAACAGCACAUGCAGCCAAGCUGGGCGUUCGUUACCGCCACUAGGGCUCCUAGAAUCGCUAAUCGCAACAACAUCACUUGAAUUUAUUCCUAUAAAUAUUUAGUU